AUGGAUAAGGUCAAGGAACGGGCGGGACCUGAUGAUGGAGAUUCGUCGAUGCGAGGAAACGAGACAUUGCCGCAUGGGCAUGGUACACUUGAUCAUGUUCGUUUGCCUCAAAUCAAGCUCCAAUCUUUCAACGGUGACAUCGACGAGUGGAUCAGCUUCCGAGACUUGUAUACCUCCCUCAUCCAUAGAAAGACGGACUUGCCGGAAGUGGAGAAAUUUCACUAUUUGAAGGGCUGUCUUCAAGGUGAACCAAAGAAUCUCAUCGAUCCCUUGAAGAUAACUAAAGCAAACUACCAGGUGGCUUGGGAUUUGCUGAUUAAGAGGUACGAUAACAGCAAGCUGUUGAAGAAGCGUCAAGUGCAAGCCUUGUUCAACUUGCCAACACUAUCUAAGGAGUCGGUAGUGGACUUGCAUACCCUGAUGGACGGGUUCGAGAGAGUGGUCCAGAACUUGGAUCAAGUGGUUAAACCCGAGGAGUACAAGGAUCUUCUACUUGUUAACUUGCUGACAACUCGGUUGGAUCCUGUAACUCGAAGAGGAUGGGAAGAACAUUCAUCUAUCAAGGAACAGGACACGUUGGCAGAUCUAACUGAUUUCAUGCGUCGUCGGAUACGAAUCCUGGAAUCACUCCCAACGAAGACUUCGGAUAGCAAGGGAUCCCAUCAAUCGCAACAGCCAAUGAAGCAGAAGUCGUCAGCUGUGAAGGCCAGCUACGGCUCCGUACAAUCGUCUGGGGGACGAUGUACGGUUUGUAAGGAGAACCAUCCGCUUUAUCAGUGUUCUUCUUUUCAACGGUUGUCGGUGCGAGAGAGGGAGGCGGUGUUGAGGUCAAACUCCCUAUGUAGAAAUUGCUUCCGGCCGGGUCACAUAGCGAAGAAUUGCCCGUCUAAAUAUUUCUGCCGCAGCUGUAAAGGUCGUCACAACACAUUGGUGUGCUUCAAAUCUGGGAAAGAUGGAUCAGCGAAGGUCGCUGCUGCUACGGAACGCAACAAUUCUCCUCCUCCGGAUGCUGGCGAGCAUUCGGGUUCGACAUCUGCCCAGGUGGUGAACGUGGUCGCCACCGAUUCUACAAUUUCUGGUGCAUCUCAGCAGUUCUCCUCCCAUGUACUUCUAGCCACGGCGGUCGUUAUCGUGGAAGAUGACGAGGGUAGCCGAUUUCCGGCUCGAGCGUUGCUGGACUCUGGCUCUGAAAGUAAUUUCAUCGCCGAACGGUUGAGCCAACGACUAAGGACGCAUCGAGAAAAGGUGGACAUCUCGGUCCUUGGUAUAGGUCAAGCAGCUUCAAAGGUGAAGCACAGGAUUCAAGCAAUGGUGUGCUCAAGAAUCACGGAUUUCUCUCGGAAUGUGAAUUUCCUGGUUCUGCCGAAGGUAACUGCGGAUCUACCUACGGCGAAGAUCAACAUGAACGGAUGGAAGAUGCCUGAAGGGAUUAGUUUAGCGGAUCCGGCCUUUUUCAGUCCCUGUGCGGUGGACAUGGUGUUGAGCAUCGACACGGCUACUACAGCAACUUUGGAAAAGUUGAUUGCACGGUUUUGGGCUAGCGAAGAGGUUGGUACUUCGAAGAUUCUUUCUACCGAGGAGCAAAGGUGUGAAGAAUUGUUCCAGCAGUCGAUUCACAGGGAAUCCGACGGUCGGUAUACUGUUUCGUUGCCGAAGGAUGAGGACGUCGUUUCAAGGAUUGGCGAGUCACGGGACAUCGCCUACCGGCGUUUUCUAGGCACGGAACGCAGAUUAGCCAGGGAUGCUAAUUUACGGCAACAGUAUCACCAAUUCAUGGCGGAUUACAUACAGCUGGAGCACAUGACCAAGGUGAAGGAUACAACAGAGUCCGAGAAACGUUGUUUUCUACCACACCAUCCCGUCAUCAAAGAAGCUAGCACCACCACGAAGGUUCGUGUGGUCUUUGAUGCGUCGUGCAAAACGUCGUCAGGUGUAUCGCUGAACGAUGCUUUGCUGGUGGUCCAAUCGUCCAAGAAGACCUUCGAUCGAUCAUGCUUCGAAGUCGCAUGA